GGGAUGAGGAGGGGCAUGAGGAAAUCGAGGUGGAGUUGCCUAGAACAGAGAGCCUCAAUUCAGACGAAGACUCUGGUGUGCACCAGCGCAGAGCACGCUCUGCGUGCUCGAUGUCGAUACUGCGGAGGAGGAUGCUGUUGAGAUCGUUGCAGUCUGAAUCCGCGCAAAAUCAUUCUCUCUGAGCUCAAGCGUAAGCUCGAGCCAUCGGAGUCAGGGAUCCAGUCACGGCCCCCAAAAAAGAAAACUAGGUUCCAUUCAGAUAUGGAUGCCAUAUCAUUCAGCACAGAUGAUGUGACUUCUUCCUUCGCCCAUCUAGCCGAUCAGCUCCAACACCAAGGUGCAGGAGAUCCGAUGCCCCGAUCACCCGAUCCUUCCGAAUCAGCGAAGGAUGUAAUGCCACUUGAAGUUGAAAGCAUCUCAGUACCGAUGGAAGUAAACAAUGCCAGUGUCAUCGGUGCCAUGACAAUCAGCGAGCCAGCGCAGACCUCCAUGACCACCUUAGAGAUGACAGAGCCAGAGCUAGCUGUAAAUGCCAAUAAGUCCUGGGAGGAUUCAAUUUCGCGCAGGAAACGGGUGCGGCCUCUAAGCUACAAGGCGAGCCAAGUCACCACCCAGAAGAAUGUCCAGCGGCGCGAGAGAACCGGAAAGCCCAAGUCGUGGCAACCACAAAAAAGAAAGUCCAAGUCACUGGCUGUUCAGGAAGAAGCUCAGAUGUGUCAGUGGCCUGAAAAGCCUGCAAAUAACAAACAGAAUGGGUCAUUUCAGCAGCAGUUCGUACAGUGUGAUAACUGCGAGUUGUGGUAUCACUUUGGUUGCGUUGGUUUUUCCGAAGGAGAUACUCGCUUGGAGGAGCCGGAUUCUGUCUUCAUCUGUCCACCAUGCUGCAUCUCGAACGCGAGACGUCACAGUCUGCGCAAGCGCGCAGAAACAUGUGCCCGUCCAGAUUGUCCACUCGCCCAACUCGAUACAGAGGAGUUUGUCAUCGAGCGUCUAGUCGGGCGGAAAACCAUAGGGGAAGCUGGGUACCUGUUUUUGGUAAAAUGGGAAGGAUAUCCGAUUGUGCAAGCUAGCUGGGUCCCUGACGGAAACAUAAGCGGUGUCUCGCGAGUCUUUGAUCGGUUUGUAGCAGAUGCGACGACUGAGGGUGUCGAUCUCAACAUAAAAGGCGUUGUUCUCCUGGAGGAGGCGAGGAAUGGCGGGUGGAAUAUUUAGGCUUUGAAUUGUGGAUCUUUCUCUGUAACCGUGGUGAUCGCGUGAUUAUUAAGCAUCUGAGACUACUUAGCAUGCCUAGCCUUUUGAAUGUUGUAACGUACACCCUCGGAUAAGGGACACUCGAUUUGGUUUACUCGCUACAUCAAAUCAGUCUAUAUAAUAUGGCGUUUACUCGCCUCGCGAACAAGUUGCCUAGAAAAAAUCCGCAUGCCACGGAGCAACCGUCACUUGAAGGAUGAACCCUCUGGCAAAAGAAAAAAAUGCAAAUAAACUAAAUUGUUCGGCAUCCACAUGGCGAAGGGCUGAAGGGCACGCUGGAGUUUUUUCGACUAUGCUCAUGCCCAGCAGCUCGUCGGUCCAGACGUAAGUAUUCGCGGCAAGUUGAUUGCACUUGAUGGUUGUAGUUCCUUUGAUAUUAUGGGUGGCAUAGGAGUCUUGGCUUGAGAAUUAAAGGGUCCAUGUACAAUAUGCGUCAC